UGACGUCAGCGCUCAGUUGUCACGCACGCGGUCGGGACUAGCUCAGUGCGCUUCUCCCCGCAUCAGCCGCGCGCGCUCCUCAGCUCGAGCGUGUCGUUAAUACUAACUUUUACUCCGAGGAGCUUUCAUGAUUCCUGCUCUCCUCCGGCCGUUCUUCAUGUAAAUCCGCAGAGCGCCAGUCUGCCUGUCGAAACACCGACACUCUCUGCUCUCCGCUGCCCGCUGCCGCCUCUCCUCUUCCCGGACGUUGUUUAUCCGGUUGGUCCGACGCACGGAGGCGUGAUGGAGAAGAUGUCCCGACACGCUCUCCCGUUGAAUCCCGCUUUUCUGCCGCCGAACCCGCACGGAGUUCUUAAGUCGCUGCUGGAGAACCCGAUGAAGCUACCGCUGCAUCAUGAAGCUUUUAGUAAAGACCAGGAGAAGGAGAAGAACCUGGAGGAGGAACGCAGUGCCCCCCAGUCAGCUUUCCUUGGACCAACUCUGUGGGACAAAACCCUCUCCUAUGAUGGAGACACCUUCCAGCUGGAGUACAUGGAUCUGGAAGAGUUUUUGUCAGAGAAUGGCAUCCCGUCCAGUCCCUCUCACCAUCACCGGGAGCAGCACCAGGCCCACCACAUCCCACCUCGUCAACCGCCCAUCAUGACCCCGGUGCUGUCUGCUCCGGCGCGCUCUGUGAUGGACCUCAGCAGCCACGCCUCCACCUCUAUCGUCUCCCCUAACUGCCUGCACAGCAGCCCAGCAAGAGCAGGCCUCCCAAACUCCAGAAACACCCCCAGCCCCAUCGAUCCAGAGUCCAUCCAGGUUCCGGUCAGCUACAAACCUGACCCGGCGGACUUGGCUCUGUCCAGCGUUCCGGGUCAGGAGAUCUUCGAUCCGCGCAAGCGCAAAUUCUCUGCCGAGGAGCUGAAGCCUCAGCCGAUGAUCAAGAAGGCCAGGAAGGUUUUCAUUCCUGAUGACCUGAAGCAGGAUGACAAAUACUGGGCUCGGCGCAGGAAGAACAACAUGGCAGCAAAGCGUUCACGCGACGCCCGGCGACUCAAGGAGAACCAGAUUGCUAUCCGGGCGGCCUUCUUGGAGAAGGAGAACUCCGCCCUGAGACAGGAGGUGGCCGACUUGAGGAAAGAGCUCGGACGGGCCAAGAACAUCCUGGCCAAGUAUGAGGGCCAGCACGGUCCGCUGUGAUGAGGACAUUCACAGAGGCUUCACACACACACACACACACACA